UGUGUAGAAUCUGGCAACGUGAAGUUCCGACGUCAUUUGUGAAUACUUCUCGUUGCUGUACGCACGUUUAGUCCUUAAAAUACUGUUAUAGUAAUCCUUGGAUCACAAGAUGGGCAGGGAGGACCGUGCAGCAUGGAAAAGUGCAUAUUUUAUGAAACUUAUUCAACUUCUUGAUGAUUACCCAAAAUGCUUUAUUGUGGGAGUUGAUAAUGUUGGAUCAAAACAGAUGCAACACAUUCGUCACUCCCUCAGAAAACAUGCCGUUUUGUUGAUGGGUAAGAAUACAAUGAUAAGGAAAGCAAUACGUGGACAUCUGGAUAACAGUCCUGCUUUAGAAAAAAUGUUGCCUCAUAUAAGAGGCAAUGUUGGAUUUGUGUUCACUAAAGAAGAUUUGGUGGAAAUUAGAGAUAAGAUAAUGGAAAAUAAGGUGAAAGCACCUGCAAGAGCUGGAGCUAUUGCUCCUUGUGAUGUAAUCCUGCAGCCACAAAAUACUGGUCUUGGACCAGAAAAAACAUCAUUUUUCCAGGCAUUGCAGAUACCUACAAAGAUCUCAAAAGGAACUAUUGAAAUUCUGAAUGAAAUUCAUUUAAUUAAAAAGGAAGAUAAAGUAGGUGCAUCUGAAGCAACAUUAUUGAACAUGUUGAAUGUAUCACCUUUCACCUAUGGUUUGAAAAUUAGACAAGUAUAUGAUUCUGGAACUGUGUUCAGUCCAGAAAUAUUAGACAUAACAAGUGAAGAUCUUCGAGCAAAAUUUAUUGAUGGUGUCAGAAACGUGGCCGCCGUUUCUCUUGCAAUUGGUUAUCCCACUUUGGCUUCUGUACCACAUUCCAUUGUCAACGGUCUCCGCAAUCUAAUUGCCAUUGCUGUUGAGACAGAUAUCACAUUCAAAGAAGCAGAAAUGGCAAAGGAGUUUUUGAAAGAUCCGAGCAAAUUUGCAGCAGUCGCUGCCGCAACCAGUGCAGGUGCGGUAGCUGAAGCUGAGGAGGAAGCAAAACCAGAGGAAAAGAAAGUGGAAGAAGAAAGUGAAUCUGAUGAAGAUAUGGGCUUUGGCUUAUUUGAUUAAAUCAGUUUCAUUAAGAUGAAAUAAAAGUGUUUAAAUGAU